AUGAAGUCCAACUCCUGCCCGGAAAUAAAGCGUUUAUCAAAGAAGACUUUGGGCCCCCUCGACUCUCUUGUUGCUUUGGGUAGAGAUAACUGGUGCGAAGACAUCAUCAUCGUUUUUGUGGUCAGUAGGUUCGAUAACUCUACCAACCGUAAGUGGCAGAAGCACCUAGGUAGCAGUGAUGAGCCGCCUACUCUUGCUCGUUUACAUGAGUUUAUAGCUGCCCAAAUUAUCACGAUGGAAACGUUAAAGUCAGUUAAACGGAAGCCUACGUCCCAAGAUACGUCAAAAUCCAAACCACAGUCUUCAUUCAUGCAUCAAAUCGCCACUUUUAACGAUUCAGGCUCCAUUAGUUGCUUUCUCUGCGGCAAGCCCCAUCGUUUGUUCUCCUGUCCAACCUUCCAAGGUAAACCUCUGAACGAAAAACGGCAGCUCGUAAACGACAGGCAACUUUGUCUCAAUUUUCUUGGUCAACACUUUGUAAAACAGUGUAAGAGUAAGUUCUCGUGUUCGGUUUGUCAUCGAAAGCAUCAUACCCUAUUGCAUAAGGAAGAGGCCAAGUCAAGUCCCUCGAAAGACUCAACCUCUUUUGAUAAGCACGCCGGUGGUCCUAAAAAAGCUCAUGAACUUCCACCCGAUCAAAGCUUCUGCGCUAACAUCAACUUAUUGCGUAGCGAGGGUUUACCUUCAGAACCCAAGGUUCUUUUAGCUACCACUCGAAUUUACGUUCGAGGCCCAGAUCGUUCACAGGUUCUAGUCAGAGUCCUUGUUGACCAGGAUUCUCAAAGUUCUCUGGUGACUCGUUCUCUUUGCGAGGUCUUAAGACUUAAGACGCACUCGGUUAGCAUCUCAUUAGCUGGCGUAGAGGAUUCACCCUUAACUCAUGUUACGAGAAGGACUUACAUAAACUUUCAACCCCAUUUUGAUUCGUGUGUCAAGCGCGACACUGAGGCCCUGCAUGUUCCUAAGAUUUCUUCGUAUAAGCCUCCUACUUCAAGAAGCUUAGUUGAUAUUUCAUACAUUCAAGAACCUCAACUAGCGGACCCUGAUUAUCACUCCCUCGAUAAAAUAGACGUUCUACUAGAAGCCUUUGUUCAUGCCUACAUAAUUCAAAAUUCAAUUCAACGAGGCUCCCUCGAUCAACCCAUCACUUCAGCCUCUCAGAUCGGAUGGCUAUUAUCAGAACCUGUUUCCUUCGUAUCGAAGAGUGUCCCUUCCUUCAAGCAAGCCAGCCACUUGAUCACCGCACCUGAAGAAAUUGCAGUGAUGCACAUUUCCAAGGGCUCUGAUCUCGAUGAAGUUAUGCAACGAUUUUGGCUGGUCGAGAAACCUCUCUCCAAGCCUGAGCUGAAGGAAGACGAUCUUCGUUGCGAGGAGCAAUUCAACCUCAAGCAUUCUCAAUCCCCUGACGGCCAUUUCGUGGUCAAACUUCCGUUCAAGGGCGAAACUGUUGCCACUCUUUCGCUUCGUGAGGGCUCAUACAAAACUGUGCUCUCCAUGAUCCGUCAGCAAAGAUUCAGGAACGAUCCUUGA